AUGAAUUGGAUUAUUCCUGGGAAAAUUCUUAGCUUUUGUGGCCCACACAAUGAAUCUCGUAUAGAAGAUGGAUAUCCUUAUCACUCUCCUGAGACAUAUUUUGACUAUUUCCGUGCCACCAAUGUCACAACAAUUGUACGAUUGAAUAUGAGAAUGUAUGAUGCGAAGAAGUUCACUGAUGCCGGGUUUGACCACGUGGAUUUGUUUUUCAUCGACGGCAGCACUCCAUCGGAAAAAAUCGUCGAAAACUUUAUACGGGUAGUCGAUAAUUCUAAAGGAGCCGUUGCUGUGCACUGUAAGGCUGGUCUCGGGAGGACAGGAACUCUUAUUGCAUGUUGGAUGAUGAAGGAAUUCGGGCUGAAUGCCGCUGAAUGCAUGGCUUGGCUUCGGAUAUGUCGACCAGGAAGUGUCAUUGGACCUCAGCAAGAUUAUCUCGUUGCUAUGCAGAAGUUCUGCUGGUCGAUGUCACAAAACAGUGUAGUGCAGAAAGCGCGACGACAUAAUGUCUCGGAUGGAACGGCGAAAAAAUCACUCGGAAAGCUUACAUCGAAGGUGGAUGAGAUUUGCCUUUCUCACCCGAUGCGAGCAGCAACCUUAGGAGAAAACGUUUUGCCCAGGCCUCGGCCAAACAUUCUGCCGUUGCGUGGUCGAUCGAAGAAGUCGCUGGAUAAGAAUGGAAAUGCAUCUUCGCCAAACGAUGAGACAGCGAUUGACUCGUUGGGUCGUUCUCAAGGUGAUCGUUUGUUGGCGAUGAAAGCGCGCAGUCAGCAUGCUCCUCAUGUUUCGUCGCCAUCUGUUCACGCUGCUCAUCUACCAUCAUUAACAAAUGGCAAUGUUCUUCACGAUCCAGCUGUUCAAAUGAAUGGUCGCUAUUCUGGAAACAGUAAAGCCAGUAAUGUUUCGUCACCGUUCCCUGCUGUUCAACGACCGUCUGCGCUGGCUGGGUUUUCGACGGUGUCUCCCCGUUUUUCAUCGCCAACCACUCCGAUCAAACCACUGUCGACGCCUGGAUCAGCUUCAUCCGUAUCGUCGCGAUCGCGUGGGAUUGCACGGAAUCUUGCCCAAGCAAUGACUCCAGCACCACGACUUCCAUUGAUCGGCUACCGCACUCGAACACUGACGGAUCUGUUUGAUACUACUACUACUACUACGACGCCUCCUUUUUCAUCGUUGUUCCGUCGGCUUCAUUCGUGA